AUGAAACCAUCUGAUAUGGUAUAUCCACCUUUAGCACUUUGGUACCCACCUUUAUUACUUGAUUUUUUGCCAUCGAAUAGUUUUUCAUCUUCGAACCUUACUCAUUUAUAUAUUAAUGUUGAAACUUUUGGUGAUUGUCUUUAUUUACUUGAUGGUCGACUUAAAAAACUGACGACAUUCUGUGUUAAUGUCUAUCAUAUGGACAGAUUUUCAGACGCUGUUUACAAUAUGGUAAGUUUUUAUAAAUAA